UUUUGUACAAUCUUCCUUGAAAAUCAGUGUUGUUUUCUUCGUGGGAAUAUCUGUGCCAACCAUGGAUGACCAGGAGGGAAAACAUCUUCAGAUAACGUUAUCAUCCAAGGAUGACAGGUAUUCCGUGGGAGAUUCUCCAUUCUCCAUCCCGAGCAAGGUCACCUGUUCUGAACUGAAUACUUUAGUGAACGAGUUAAUUUCUGCUGGAAAUGAAGACCACAGUCCAAUUGAAUUUGAUUUUCUCUUGGUGGAUGAAUUGCUACGAUCCUCUUUGGAAGAGUCUUUGACAGAAAGAGGAUUGUCCUCUGAGGCAACGUUGGAUAUAGUGUAUUUUCCGAAACACCCUGCGCCUGAAUCGGAGGGUCAGAUCGUUCUCAACGAUUGGAUUAGCAGUGUGGAUUGCUUCGGUUCGUACAUCCUCUCAGGCUCGUACAAUAACCAGGCCUACAUAUGGAACAGAGGGAGUGGACAAUGCCUGGGAAGUGUGGAACACCUGAGCUCAGUGAAGUCUGUAGCAUGGAUCCGGCACAGCAGCAGCGAGAACCCCUUGUUCAUCACAGGUGCAGCUGAUGAAGCACUGAGUAUGUGGCAGUUCUUCCCCGAGGAUGGUGUCUGUCGCUGCUUACACACCUACUCUGGACAUGGCCGUAGUGUCGACUGUCUGGCCAUGGACAACGUGGGCAGUCGCUUCUGCAGUGGCUCGUGGGACCGCACAGUGCGCGUGUGGUCGGCAGUGCCAGAUCAGCUUGCCGACACGGCGCACGUAGCUAACGGAGGCGCGAAACGUAAGAAGACCAGCAGUGCAUCGGACGCUCAGAGUGACGCAGUGGAUAAGCAAGCGUUGGUGACGUUGACCGGCCAUAGCGAAGCCGUAUCGUCUCUAGCCUGGUUGGACUCUGCAAGUAUAGCCAGUGCUAGCUGGGAUCACUGCAUCAAGCUGUGGGACUUGGAGAGCGCCUCGCUCACCGCCACGCUGGCCGGCAACAACGUGUUCAACAGUAUCAGCUACUCGACGGCGUCUCGUUUGAUCGUGUCGGGUAACUCUGACCGAUCGGUGCGCCUGUGGGACCCGCGCUCCGACACAGCACUGGUGCAGAAGAUGCUGCGCUUCCACACUGGCUGGGUAUCGUGUGUCCAGUGGAGUCCGGACAACGAGCACCAGCUGGUGUCGGGCUCGUUUGACAAGACGGUGUGCCAGUGGGACAUCCGCAGUCCCAAGGCGCCGCUCUACAGCAUGACGGGGCACACGGACAAGGUGAUGUGCGUCAGCUGGUCUGAGCGCGAUCUGGUCGUCAGUGGCGGUGCCGAUGCCCAGCUGCGCCUCUACAAAACAUAACGCUGCCGCUACUGCAUUCAACUUGUUUGUUUGUGUGUAUACUUUUUAAAUAUUUGAAUUCGCUAAUCCAAACGAGCACAAAUGGUCAAUGACAAGGCAGUGAAUAUGUUA